CAACAAUCUGCUGUCAGCUGUGUUUUAUGUCAGUUUAAAGUUGAGUUUUGUUUAUAAAAGAAUACAAUGUAGCAGAAACAGUAUAUUGAUAAUAAUUGCAUUUUACCUAACGAAUAAUUUUUAUCAUGUCGAAUGCAAUUUCGGAGGCAUCUAUUAAACUUAUAAGGAGACUCAUUUUAAACAUUACAGAUUGCGAGGAAAAUGCUCCUGGUUUUGAAAAAAAUGAAAAAAGAGUUAUUUCAAUCAUAGAAAAAUCUGACAGCAUGUGCUUCAAAAGUCGGGAAGAAAUGAAUAAGAUUAUGGAAAGCCUUAGUGAUAAAUUUUUAGUGCAUGGUUUUAAAGUGCAAGCAAAUUAUCUGUUUUCAUUGUAUCAGAAAUUUAUGGACGAUGUAUCUACGUUUUAUGAUGCUUCUAAUAAAAUAAACAUUAUCAGAUUUAUAAUCGCAAUGGCAGAAAGUCCAACAAAUAAUUUCUACAAGUUUAAUCAAAAUUUCCAAAAGACUGAAGAAGUGGCAGAAAUAAAUUGGCCGAAAUACCUACAGGAGGGUUUGCCAAAUUGGUCACCACCUCCUGAAGAAUCUGACUCUUUCGUGGAUAUUUUCUUAAAUUGGCCCCUUUACCUCUUUGAGGAUAUUAAAUGGUUCCCUGAGAAAUCGGAAGAAACUAAUGACUGGUCUGAUUCAGAUAUAACUUCAGAUAUUGCAUUGGAAGAUGAAGUUGAUGAUGAAUAUUGUAUCUUGCCUCAAAUUGAUAAGAUAGAACAAACUAAAGAACCUUGUGAAAUAUAUUUUGAAUCUAAACAAAAGUUGGAAGAAAAUGUACAAAAUAAAUGGUUUCAUUCUAAUAAAGUGCGACAUAAACCUGCAAGUAACGAAAGGGAGGCAAACAUUGCAUAUUUAUGGGAUGAUUAUAUCAAUGAAAUAACAGGUGGUUUAUUGUCUGAUAUCAGUCCAAGCGUUAUAUCUGAGUAUAAAGUGAUGAGGGAAGUAAUAUGGCAGCUUUAUGAGCCUACAAACAGUUUUUGCUUCGAAUUUUCUGGGGAUAAACUUGUAGUCAAAAAGGGGAUUACUAUUUCUAGCGUACGAGAGUAUUGCUUUGAAACAGUAUUAUCUAAAAUUUUGCCACACAUCGAAGUAAUACAAAGCUUAAAGAAAUUCGAGCAUAUGGUACACAAUUUCAAUCUUCAUAAUCCAAAGGAUCCUAGUUCACCCCCCGACACCUACAGAUGCUAUGCGUCAGCUUUAAAAACCAUCUUAGAACCCCUAUUUCAACAAUUAAAAGAGGUUGAAGAAGACAUUUUUGCACAAGAGUCAAUUUGUACCCUUAUUACAUUAUUCCAACGAUUAAAACCCAUUUUUGAAACAUUUGAAUUGGUUAAAAGGAUUCACGAUGAUGUAAUAAUCGAUUUUGAAAAUAAUUCUCGAUAUCAUUGUGCCACCAAUUUAAUUAUCAAACUUCAUGAAAAGUUGUCUAAUACAAGUAAUAAUAGAGAACAAGUUAUCGUUGCUACUCUUUUCUUGGAGAGCUUACGGAAAUACUUGGACUUCGUGGAGUCUUGGAUGUUUAAAGAUUCUUUUUUGGAUUAUACAGAAGAAUUCGUCAUUUUGGAAGGUGAGAAUUCAAAUCAGGAGAUCGUUGAUCUUCGUAUCAGAGAUUUAGACCAGUCCGAGUAUAACAACAGCAUAAUAAACUUCUUUUGUACAGAAGUCUUUCAGAUAGGCAGGAAUGUUCGACUUCUUCGUCUUUUGGGAAAAUCACAUCUGGGUGACAUAUUACCCACAGCUAAGGUUGUGGGAGAUUCUCUUCAUGAUGAAUAUUUAAAUGCUGUUUUACGGGAAAUUUCAAAUUACUUUGAAUCUAGUGAUGAAUUUGUCUUAACCAAUGAAAUAGAAAAAUUAGAAACUAACGAUAAAAAUGACCUAAUUUCUCCAAUACAAACAGAUCAAAUUAGUUUAGAUGGGUGCAAUGAAUUAGAUAAUUUAGUGGAUACGUCAGAUGGGUUUCUCAUGGAAGCUUUUAAACAGUAUUUUUCAAAUAGUGAAGAAAAAAUUUCUAUUCCUCAAAGAGAGAACUCUUACCAAAGAUUAGAUAAAGUCCUAAAAGGAUUUUGCCCUCUACAAAGAAUAAUUGAGACCGCUCUGUUCAACAUAAUUACUGAUAAGUUCAGUCAAACAGGGAUCUUGGCAAAGGGCUUGUUUGUUACUGACCACAAACUUGAUAUCAAUUUCAAGUUUCUAAAGCAAUUAUUUCUUUUUGACGGGGAGCUAAUAUUUCCGUUUUACAGAAGAUACAUUGAGCAAGCCAAUUCUAAUUCAUACAUAAAUCAAAUUUGGCUAACAACGUAUUUGCAAGAUAUUCUAAUGGACGUUUAUCCAGAAUUUACUGAUGAUUGUCGAGUUGAAUUGAAAAACAACUGGAAGCUAGUCAACGAUCCCCUAAGAAUGUGUACAUUUAUUAAAAUCCACACAAAAGUCAAGUGGCCAAUCAAUUUGUUAGUUCAUGAAUAUCACUUAGACAUGUACCAUAACAUUUUUCUAUUCAUUCUAAAGAUUAAAUGGGCUUUAUAUACAUUGAAUCAUCUUUAUUUCGUAGAUCUCGAGCCUCAUCCUAAAACAGCCGAAAAACCUAACAGAUUGGUUCAAAAAAUAAUUGGAAAGUUAAAAAUACUCCGUUUUGCACUGGUUAACAAUUUUAGUAGUAUUCAACACUACAUUCUCGGCCAUAUCUACAUUAAGUGUAACAGGUCAUUUGAGGAAAAAUUUGAAAGUGCUUAUGAUUUUGACUCAAUUUAUCACGCCCACGAUACUUUCAUAACAGAUUUUCACGACGAAUGUAUUGGUUUUAGAGAUUAUCAAGCGAAUAAUCAUGGAUUCUAUUUGCUGUUGUAUUUGGUGAGGAAAAUAAGCGCCAUGUGGAAGAAUCCUAGUAAUGUGAAUAUUCUGGAACUGGAUAAAUAUUCAAAUUUGCAAAAACAGUGCCAUAAGGUUUUAGACCCUAUUAUUCUAAACGGACAUCUACAACAGGUUUAAUAAAACUACAGUAUUGUUGUUCCUUGAUAAUUAUUUAUACUUAAUAUUUAGAAGUCAUUAUACAAGCAUUUUGUAUCAAAAUGUUACAACUGAAAUAAAAAUAAAAGAAAAAUAA